AUGUUCCUGCCUUUCCUACGUUCACAGUUUUGCACCCUGGAAACGUUGACUAGUGGCCUGAUGGAUCAAUUUCCAAAUGUUUUUGGCAAACACAAGGUUCUCUUCACCCUUGGCACUUGUGUUGUGCUGUUUCUGCUUGGGCUGAUCUUAGUCACCCGUGCGGGGUCGUAUUACUUUCAGGUGCUCGACUGGUACGCGACUCCUAUCAGUCUCAUCCUAAUUGCUUUGGUGGAGAUUAUCAGCCUGUCCUAUGUUUAUGGAGCUCGGAGGUUGUUUGCGAACGCCGAGUCAAUGCUGGGCAGGAUUCAUAAGCUGAGUAGGAUGUGGUGGCUCAUCAGUUGGUAUGGUUUAGUUCCCCUCUUCACUAUUAUCAUUUGCAUCUCCGUCUUCGUCGAUUAUGCGCCUCCAGCGUUCACAAACGGUCAACUCCUUCCUACCUGGGCAAUCGCAUUUGGAUGGUGCGUAGCCCUCAUUUCGAUCCUGCCAAUGCCUGCCGUAGCUCUCUUCCAACUUUUCAAGAACUGGAGACAGCCCUCUGUGACCAAGUGCGUUCUGGUUGAAAUCGGUGGAAAACCGCCACUCCCCUUAGGCAAGAGUCAGUGGUGGAGACACGUCUCCUGCUGCUAG